AUGGCUGAGAAUCUCGCUGUCCGAAGCCAGAGCAUGUCAGGCCGCAAAAAGAGUGUCGCAGAGGAGCCGGUGACCUCCGUUCUCAGCGCUGGCGGUAUUCCCGUCUACAGCGAGCGCGAAUUGACUGCCGAUGAAGAAGUCCUGGCAGCACUAGGCUACAAACCCGAGUUUAAGAGAGAGUUCAGCUUGUGGACCACAUUCUGUGUCAGCUUUGCUGUGCUAGGCUUGCUGCCCAGUUUCGCCAGCACGCUAUACUAUGGCAUGGGAUACGCGGGUACACCCGGUAUGGUCUGGGGAUGGCUUAUCGCCAUGACCUUCAUCCAAUGCGUCGCCAUGAGCAUGGCUGAACUGUGCUCUUCGAUGCCUACAAGUGGGGGGUUAUACUACGCUUCGGCGGUUCUGGCGCCACCGGGGUACGGGCCGCUCGCAGCCUGGUUGACCGGCUGGUCGAAUUGGCUGGGACAAGUCACUGGUGCCCCCUCUGUCGACUAUCCUAUGGCCGAAAUGAUCCUUGCUUGCGCUUCCAUCUCCAAUCCCAGUUACGUUCCUCAAAAUUGGCAGGUCUGGCUGCUCACGACAUUGAUUUUGCUCAUACAUGGGUGUAUCAGCAGCAUGCCUACAAAGUGGAUCGCCAAUUUCAAUUCUGUUGGAUCGACAUUCAAUAUCAUUGCGCUCUGUAUUGUUCUUAUCCUCAUCCCGUCUGCGACCAAUAGAGAGUCACAAGGCCUCCCUCGCUUUACCCCUGCGAGCGUUGUUUGGAAUGAUUUUUAUGAUGGAACAGACUUCCCCAAGGGUGUCUCGAUCCUGAUGACAUUCGUUGCCGUGAUCUGGACCAUGAGCGGCUACGAUGCACCAUUUCAUUUGAGCGAGGAGUGCGCCAAUGCGAACGUUGCAGCACCCAGAGCGAUCGUUUUGACGAGCGGUAUCGGAGGGCUGUUUGGCUGGUUCUUACAAUUGGUGGUUGCCUAUACGGUCAUAGACAUUGAUGGUGUCCUCACCUCAUCACUAGGUCAGCCAUGGGUGUCGUACCUUCUUCAAGUCUUGCCUCAGAAAGUGGCUCUCGCCGCGGCGUCCCUGACCAUCAUUGCUGCCUUUUCCAUGGGCCAAGGCUGCAUGGUUGCUGCUUCCAGAGUUACUUUCGCCUACGCCCGCGAUGACUGCUUUCCCUGUUCCUGGUGGAUAAAGCGCGUCAACAAACACACCCACACUCCUGUCAAUGCAGUCUGGUUCAACACUACGCUCGGCAUCCUCAUGACCCUCCUUGUCUUCGGUGGACCACUCGCAGCUGGCGCACUGUUCUCUAUUGCUGCCGUCGCAGCUUUCGUCGCGUUCACGAUACCUAUUUUCAUCCGCGUUUUCUUCGUCGGCAAUCGAUUUAGGGCUGGUCCUUGGAAUUUGGGCCCCUUCAGUAUGUACAUUGGCAGCGCGGCUUGUGCGUUCGUGGCUCUCAUGGUGCCGAUCCUAAUGCUUCCGAGCUUGACUGGCUCCGAUCUGACUGCGUCGGGCAUGAACUGGACGGUUCUUGUAUAUGGAGGUCCGAUGACGAUGAUCACCAUCUGGUGGUUUGUGAGUGCGCACAAAUGGUUCAAAGGACCGAAGGUUAACAUCGAGCAUCAAAUGCUUGGCCGUGACGGCAACGUUGUUGAGGGCAAGGAUCAGGACAGCGGUGACUCAAGCGCUGGAAGUAUUACGAAAGAGGAUAGGGAUUUGGAUGAUAAGAGGGCAGCUGAUCUUGCCUGA